UCUGGUCGGAGCUGACGUCCCAAUUUCAAUGCAACUGCUCUUGCCCAUAGAAGUUGCUUCCAAGCCCCCGCCUGGCCAGCACGUGCUUCCCGUAGCCCUGUCAUGUGACCUUCUCUGUCUCCUGAUUUCCCUUUGCUUUCAUCUCUCAUCUCUCUCCACUUCUUCGCCUUUUCACAGAUUCAUUCACUUGCCCUUUUGGCCUUUUUAUCCCCACACCCACAUCUCCCCCCCCGCCAAAAAAAAGAAAAAAACCCCACACACACUCUCUCUCUUCUUCCUUCCGUGCAGCAACAAGCAAAAGGAGCAGUGACUCUCCAGUGGCAUGUGCAGGCCCUGCAUUUUGGCUUGAAACAAGUGAAGCUGCUUCUCCUCGACCAGUAUUUUUAUCCCCUAGGGCAGAUUAGUGUGCUCCACCUUCGCUUCAGUCUUCCUUGAUUCGUUGAGCUUCGAUUCUAUGAAGUGUGCCGAUACCUGCCCAUGGGUUGCUUGAACUCUAAAACAGCUCACCUUCACUCCCCUGACGAUCCCUCCGCUUUCCCUGACGCUAACAAACCUGAUCCAGCAAAUGGGGAUGAUUUUGAUCAAGAAUGCCAUGUCCCAGCAUUCAAAGAGUUCGGUCUCAACGAACUCCGAAGGGCUUCGAACGAGUUCAGCACAAAUUACAUAGUGUCGGAGAGUGGCGAGAAAGCUCCCAAUGUGGUCUACAAAGGAAAGCUCGAGAACAAUCGCUUAGUCGCUAUUAAACGCUUCUCCAAACAGUCUUGGCCCGACGCUCAGCAGUUUAUGGCAGAGGCUGCUGGAGUUGGUAAAGUGAGGCACAAGAGACUGGUAAAUCUAAUUGGUUGCUGUGCUGAAGGAGACGAACGGCUUUUGGUGGCAGAGUACAUGCCAAACGAUACUUUGUCGAAGCAUCUCUUUCAUUGGGACAAGCAGCCAUUGCCAUGGGAAAUGCGUGUAAGAGUUGCAUACCAUGUCGCCCAGGCACUAGAUCAUUGUAGCAUGGAAAAUCGUAAAAUAUAUCAUGAUUUGAAUGCAUACAGGAUUCUUUUUGAUGAGGAAGGUGAUCCCCGAUUGUCAAGUUUUGGGCUUAUGAAAAAUAGUCGAGAUGGUAAAAGCUACAGUACCAACUUAGCAUAUACUCCACCUGAGUUUUUGCGGACAGCCUUUGCAGGUAGGAUUAUCCCAGAGAGUGUAAUCUACAGUUAUGGAACAGUUCUUUUGGAUCUUUUGAGCGGCAAGCAUAUUCCUCCAAGCCAUGCUCUUGAUCUUAUAAGAGGUAAAAAUGCCUUGUUGCUAAUGGACUCAUCCCUAGAAGGGCAAUACACAAACGAUGAUGCUACAAAGUUGGUUGAACUUGCUUCAACAUGUCUUCAGUUUGAGGCUAGAGAACGCCCAGAUGUCAAGUUUCUUCUUACGGCAGUUGCACCUCUUCAAAAGCAAAAAGAGGUAGCAUCUCAUGUGUUGAUGGGCCUGACAAAAAGUACAGCAGUGCUACCAACCAUGCUUUCUCCUCUAGGAAAGGCUUGUGCAAGGAUGGAUCUCACAGCUGUGCAUGAUAUAUUGCUGAAAACAGGUUAUAAAGAUGAAGAAGGUGCUGAGAACGAGCUUUCAUUCCAAGAGUGGACACAACAAGUGCAAGAGAUCUUGAACACAAAAAAAUUUGGGGAUAUAGCAUUCAGAGACAAGGAUUUCAAGAACGCAAUUGAGUAUUAUUCCAAGUUGGUGGUGAUGAUGUCAGUUCCUUCGGCAACAGUAUUUGCAAGAAGAGCAUUCUCAUACUUGAUGAAUGAGCAGGCAGAGCUGGCGCUACGGGAUGCGAUGCAGGCACAGGUGUGCAUUCCUGAUUGGCCAACGGCAUUCUACCUGCAGGCACUUGCUCUGUCCAAGCUGGGAAUGGAAACCGAUGCUCAGGAUAUGCUUCAUGACGGAGCUGCUUUUGAAGCCAAGAGGUCUAACAGUUGGCGUGGUUAACUUACUAUGUUUGCUAAUUUGUAAGGUGCUAGUUUAGGAAGGCAGUGAUCAGUUCCAAUGUUCUUGUGCAAUAUCAAGUAUAGAUUCUUCCUUACAGAUGAGUCCUGUAGAUUGAAUUUUCUUCAGAUCAAAUAAGUUGAUCUUUCACUCUUA